CCUUGAACACAGCGACCAUCAACCACGGUUGAAGCUGGCUGAUAUCGACGAAUAUCGACAAAGCUAUUGUAGCAUAACUUGUCGCAAAAUAGUCUCGUCGUCGCUCGCCGAGCUUGAAAUUGCAGCCAUACAUGGUCGACUAUGUCCAAGGUUCUCAGUGUACUUGCAAAGACCUGUAUAGGACUUUUCCUGCUCCGCAGAGCUGCCAAAGAGCGGUUUGGCUUCAAUUGGACCCUUUGAAAAAGUCGCAAAAAUUCAACGGCCUUGUGCUGAUGUCAAGUCAACCCAUGUUUGAAUGAUGGACAACAACACUCGAACAACUAGCCCUGAGGAACGGCCACGAAUAUCCUCAAGAGAUCACUCUGGGCAAAGUAUACCGACCUCCACAUCACCAACGCACUCACGGACGAGAUAUGCAGAAUUCAACUUCGGCCCAGGGACUCUGCGCCACCGAGUUGCCAGCACAAAUGACAGCCCUGGGCCGGCACGAUCCUUCCUAGCUCAAUAUGAUCAAGGCAGGCGAUCCGUCGCAAUCGCAGCACCCUCUACGCGAGAUCCUGACGCGGCGUCCCGCACCUUCUCUUUGGCAGGGCCUACGCCUUUGGAUGCCAUCACAGCCAACCAGCCCUACGUGGACCCGGGUUAUGCACAACUGAAUCCUGCCUACGAUCAACCCGCAAAUGUUCGACCAGUAUGGGGUCUGGCUGGACCUCUUCCACAUGUACUCAGGCCGGGUAUGGUCCCAGCCAAGGACGAGUUCGAAAAGGAAACGGUAGCGGAGAGGGAGGCUCCACCACCUACAGAUGUGGAAGCUGGCAGAAUCGAACCAUCCCUUCACCCUGAUGUCUCGUCCCAACUUGACACCAUCCGACGGGAGAGAGAACUGUCCUUGUAUCGAGCUUACCAAUCGCGCCUUCAAGAGUCCCCAUCUCUUUCGCCAUAUCGCGCGGGACGCCGGCCUUCGGAUGCACCAACCGAAACGCCUGCAAUGCGCAUUCACACUCAAGAGACCAUUCCCGAAGAACCGCCACCAGAUGUGGAAGAGUUCCCCCAAUUAAGCGAAGCCAUAGCCGGCGUGAAGCAAGCAAGAGAAGAGCGGGAAGAGCAGGAGGAGUCCAAAGCUCCUUACCAGGAUGUAGUCCCUCUGCCGGCUUAUCAGGCCGAAGACGACGAAGUCCAUAACUUGCAUACGUACUGGUCCGUCAUACGGUUGAGGUUUCGUGAGCCGCUUGCGGAACUCCUCGGGAUAACGGUCCAAUACACACUCGGAUUCAGCGCAAACCUCGCCCUCACCGUCUCUCGCGGCGCCGCAGGCGUUGGCGAUACCGCGGAUUGGGCGUGGGGCCUCGCAACCAUGAUUGCCAUCUACAUUGCCGGUGGCAUCUCUGGAGCUCACUUGAACCCAGCUAUAUCGCUUAUGCUGUAUAUCUACCGCGGCUUCCCACUCCAAAAAGUGCCCGUCUACAUCGCCGCACAGAUGCUGGGGGCUUUUCUUGCUGCUCUGAUUGCGUUCGGCAUCUUCAAACCGGGGCUUGUGGCACUGUUACAUGAACAACAUCAAAAGGAGAUGCUUAUGCAAAAUCCCCAGACCGACCCAUCACUGUCCUUGUUGCUGACCCUUUCGCCGACCGUUGUACUUUCGAACUUCCUCACCUUCCCACGCACGCCAUGGGUUGACACCAGCACUGCGUUCCUGACGGAGCUCACGGGGACAGCUAUUCUAGUCAUCUCGGUCCUCGCGCUGGGAGACAACACCAACGCGCCUCCAGGGGCUGGCAUGAACGCCUUCAUCGUUGGUCUUCUGGUCACGGUCCUGGGAAUGGCUUUUGGAUACAACACAGGCCUUGCGAUGAAUCCUGUGCGCGACUUCGGCCCGCGCGUCGCAAUGUGGGUUCUCGGAUUUAGUCCCAAGAUUCUGUUCGCAGACGGGUACUGGUUCAAAGUCGCAUGGUUGGGUCCUCUGAUCGGUGCCAUCCUUGGAGGAUUGCUCUAUGAUACGGCCAUCUUUGUCGGCGGAGAGAGCCCGGUGAAUUACCCGACUCGACGGAUCAGGCGUGCUGCGAGGAAGUGGAGGCAGCGGUGGAAGGCCAGGAUGCGGAGGACGAGAGGGAAGGUGAAAGGUAUCACGGGCAAUGUGCUGGGGAGUGGGAACAGAGGGUACGAGACUGUUGAAGGGUAAUGUAGAAGUUGUGGGUGACAUAUUGAAAGACCAAAGCCCUCGGCAGGGCCAUACUCUGGCCUUGAUAGGACUGGAAGCUCAUUGCUAGAAGAGUGUGACAGGAGCUUUCUUCGGGAGCUGGGGUUCUCGAGUUGACGUCAAGAGGAUGCGAUGAGCCUGGGAGACACUUCAAGGAACAGUACGUGGAUGGGAUGAAACGGCAGGCAAAGGUCCGAAUUGCACCUUGGACGCAAUGAACAAUAUUGUUCUUGACUCUUGCAAGUCUGUCAUAUUUGAUUCUCUGCUAGCAGCAUGGCCAUAGGAUGAAGAGUAUCAAGCACCACGUUAAC